AUGGCACGGGAGCGAGAGGUCAAGAUCUCCCAUGUCGCCACCGCUUUCGGUCGCAUGAAAUUGUUGUGGCAUGAAAUUGUUGUGACGUGGCGAGGCGGACAGGGGCUAGCUGCUGCUUAUGGGGACUCUUCUCCUUUGCGAGGGGUCACUCAGUCUAUCACAGUUUUCCAAUACUUCGACGUUUCACACACCGAGGUAGAGGCACUGGGGUACUGGCAGCUAGCAGUGGCUAUGGCAAGGCCCCCCCCCUCGGGACAGCUCCAGGCCCUUCUGCAACUGGAGCAGAGUGCUUCGGCGGUCUUCCCGAUGGGCUACACGACAUGGACACGGCAGCACACUGGUAUCUCUGUUGUGCUAACCAUCACGCAACCCCCCUGCACACAUCCGUCAUACAACCCCCCAUCCCCACCUGCGACUUCUGCACGCGAAAACCUGCCACACGCG